ACAUUGGUACUCAAUAUGAAGCUCAUCAACAGCUCCCUGACUGUUCUAGUCUUUAUAAAUGCUGUGUAUUCAGCAGCUAUGAGAGAAGGGAGUGAAGAUUUGUUACGUUUCCUGAAGGAUGCAUUUGAAAUGAAUCUGCCUCCUGUCCACACUGAAUCACCACAGCUCUCAGAAAUGGAUCUAACAACAGUGAGGAUUCUGGAUCCUGUGCAUCCAACAGAUCCGACUGCAGAAUGUAAAGCCCCAGAAACAGUUGUGAUCUCUGCUGACUUUUCCAACACAACUCCUAAAGCAGACUUGGUACAACCUGCAGAUGUUGCUGAGGAGAGAUCCAUUGAAAGCAGCAACUCAGACAGCAGAUUAGCUGAAAGAGCAUCAGCAGAAGACAGCAGAGAGGGUGACAACUAUAAGAGGUUACAGCUGAGAACCACACUUACAGACACUCAGAAAGCAUUACAGGAGCGUUAUGCAAACUCAGCAGAGAGUAUGAGUAUGGACAGGUCUGACAUGGACACAGGCUUGACUGAGAGCUCCAACAAACAAAUCCAUAAAGCAAUAGUGAUGAAGGACAUUAGUAGUCAGGAAAUGGACAGACCUGAGGUGAACGGGAGAAACCGACCCCCAAGGAUCCAGAGGAUGUUAGAAAAACAGAACGGUGCGGUCACAGACUUUAUGAAAGAGAUUCAUCCCAUAAUUCAGAGUUAUGCCAGUAGAAUGAACCUCAAAGACCAGGCUGGUAAACCACAUGAUGCUGACAAACACGAGCAGGAGAGCCACAAAAGAGCAAUGGAUUUAGACAGCCCAGAGUUUGUGGACACCCCUGAUAGACCAGACCUUGAUACUGACAGUGAAGAACGUGGUGGUAUUCAUGGAAGAUCUCAGAGACAAAUCUCAGGAAUUAAAGCAAAACUAAACUAUGCUGCUAAGCAGGCCACACUGGACGACAACAGGGAAUUGGCUGAUCUGAUCCCAGGAUGCACAGAAACAUCUGUUGAACAUCACAUGGAAGAGAACAUCAGUCUGGAUGCCCCUAAUGUGGACCAGGAGAUUCAAAAGGACACAAUGAGCUAUCAGAACCAGCUGAGGAAAAUAUGUCCCACCAAGAGUGUACGAGCAUAAAAAAACCCAAGAGCACAGCUGGAUUUAGAUAGUCCAGAAAGAGUGAACAGGAAGAUCAAGUGGCAGUUCCUCUGUAGAAAAUCAUGUACUUUUGUAGAACAUACUUUCUUUUUUCUCUCUUUUUCUCUCUCUUUCUCUUUUCAACAUUAUUAUUUUAAUGUCAUUUUGAUUGGAUAUAUUUUUGUUUGUUUUUCAUUGCAUAAAUAAAAUAAUCAGAGUUUUA